AUGGCAGACCGCAAGAAGAGGGACCGAUAUGCGGGCGCAGCGUACGAGUUUGGUGCCAAUGCGAGCGGUCAAGGCCAGGGUGGACAGAUGGGAGCACCAGUACCGGCUGCAGCACCAGGAUAUGGCGCUCCAACACCUUCCUAUGGCGCUGCGUCGCCUGGAUAUGGUGCUCCUGCUGCCCCCUAUGGCGCCCCCGUCCCUGCCUAUGGGGCCGCUGCGCCAGCAUAUGGACAGCCAGCAGGCCCCCAGGACCCCAGUGCGCUCAACCAGCAGUUCAAUCAGAUGAACUUGGGCCCCCAGCCUGGACAGGCUGCCCCGCAAGUACAGCAGCCCAUGGCCGCGACGCAGCAGAAUCAAUUGUUCCCCUCGGACCUCAUCGCCCAGCCUUUCCACGUCUCCGAACUCUAUCAACCGCCCCCGCCCAUCCAUCUGCCCUCGAACGCGGCAGCCACACCCUCCGAGUUCGCCAAUGAGUCAAGCAAAUACCUCCGCUGCACCCUCAAUACCAUUCCCACCAACCACGGCCUCCUGAAGAAGAGCAAGCUGCCGUUUGCCCUCGUCAUCAGCCCAUACGCAAGCCUCCACGAUUCGGAGGAUCCGAUUCCGGUCGUCCAUGAUCAGGUCAUUAGCAGGUGUAGGCGUUGCCGGGCCUACAUCAACCCCUACGUCUCAUUUCUCGACCAUGGCCACAGAUGGCGGUGCAACAUGUGCAACCUCACAAAUGAUGUCCCUCAGGCCUUUGACUGGGAUGCGGCGCAACAAAAGGCCAUAGAUAGAUGGCAGCGACCUGAGUUGAACUAUGCUGUCACCGAAUUUGUAGCGCCCCAGGAAUACAUGGUGCGGCCACCCCAGCCGCUCUGCUACUACAUCAUCCUGGAUUGCACACAGGCUGCUGUCAACACCGGUCUGCUGGCCGUAGUCUCACGCGUCAUCAAAGAAGCCUUGGCCCGGAUACCCAACGCAGAUGGUAGGACCCGCCUCGGUUUCAUGGCAGUUGAUUCCGGUCUGCACUUCUUCUCCAUUCCACCGGACAACAGCGAGAACAACGACCCUCAGCAAUUACCUUAG